CGCCCUUUCCCCAACACACACAAACCGAGCUGCAGAGAGAGGCAGAUAAGCACAGAGAGAGACACAGAGUCCACUACCCCAUACAACUCCAAAAACCCUCCACUAACCUUACCAGACCUUCCCCUAAACUUAUCCAGAAUCUCAUAUUAAUGUCUGAGCAAAGAACACUACUGAUGGGUUUUCUAGGGUUUUGUUUUCUGUUCAAAAAGCUAUAAAAGCUUCAGUUCACUACAUUAAAUCACUCUUUUUUUUCUGGGUUUUUUUUGGCUUUUACUGCGAAGUAGGAGAGUGGCUAGAAACGGAUUUGGGAAGAGAAAGAGAUGAACAGUACGUCGGCGGCAACCGGAAGCCGACCGCCGUUCACGGCAUCGCAGUGGCAGGAACUCGAGCAUCAAGCUUUGAUCUUUAAGUAUUUAAUGGCAGGUUUACCAGUUCCAUCUGAUCUCGUUCUCCCUAUUCGGAAGAGCUUCGAAUCCAUGUCGGCGAGGUUCUUCCACCCUUCGACCAUGGGCUAUUGUUCCUUCUAUGGUAAGAAGGUAGACCCAGAGCCGGGUAGAUGUAAGAGGACCGAUGGGAAGAAGUGGAGGUGCUCCAAAGACGCCUACGCGGAUUCCAAGUACUGUGAGCGGCACAUGCACAGAGGCCGCAACCGUUCAAGAAAGCCUGUGGAAACGCAAACUAUCUCUCCGUCGUCGUCGACGGUUACUUCACUUACCGCCACAGGUAGCAGCAGUGGCAGUGCUGGUGGCGGCGGUGGCAGUAGUGGUGGAGGCUUCCAGAGCCUGCCCUUGCACUCAAUCAGCAAUCCUCAGGCGCACUGUUCUGGAAGCAAUCUAUCCCAGUUGCAGAUGGAGCAUGUCUCCUCCUAUGGGAUUGGUAGCAAAGAUUACAGGUAUCUCCAUGGAUUAAAAUCUGAUGUGGAUGAGCAUAGUUUCUUCUCAGAAGCUUCUGGAAGUUUAAGGGGCAUUGGGAUGGACUCUUCUCUGGAUAGCACAUGGCGUCUGAUGCCAUCAAGAGUCUCCUCAUUCCCUCCAUCAAAAUCCAGAAAUGGCUCCAUAUUGGAGGCUGAAUACCCCCACCAGCUGCACUCCUUGCAAGAUCUCAGCCAUGAAACGAUUACUGCUUCACUGGCAAAGCAACAGCAACAUUGUUUCUUUGGCAAUGAAUUUGGGUCAUCAGAGCCUGUAACUGUAAAACAGGAAGUUCAGUCUCUUCGACCAUUUUUUGAUGAGUGGCCGAAGACCAGAGAUUCAUGGUCCGAUCUUGAAGAUGAAAGGUCAAACAGGACUUCAUUCUCCACAACUCAGCUCUCUAUUUCCAUUCCAAUGGCAUCCUCAGACUUCUCUGCUGCAAGUUCUCAAUCGCCCAAUGAUGAUUGAAGGACAUGCUUUCCUAUGAACUUUGGGAAAAUCUUUCAGACCGGGCGUGUGAUGCUGUUCGUUGACUUGCCGGAUUGCUCUGUUGUAGGAAUGCAUUCCCUGUUCUUAACAUUCCUCUCCUUUCAACAACUAAACUAAGACAGUUCGGAGAAAUUUCAGCUAGGCUGUUUUCUGGUUUCAUACUUCUAAAUUUGGUGUUAUUGAGUUCGACUAGUUUUUGUGGUGUGGGAUAUAUUUAUAUUAUUGCCUAUGUGAAACCAUUAUGUGAGGACAAGCUCUUCUUUUUUUCUGCUCCCAGAAUAAAACAAACCUUAGGAUUCAUUACUGCCAA